AUGGCAGAGGCGCCAUUUGAUAUGCCGGGCCACCGGUGGGACCCGGAGAAGAAGCGCUUCUUCAGGAUCCUUCCGGGCCCAACGACUUCCACGUCAGGUUCUAGCUCAGGCGCACAAGGGUCAGGAUCAAGGCAUCGGGGUUCGAAGCAGCGCAAGACGGAGAAGCAGAAGAAAGAACCGCCACGACCGCCAUUGCCGCCGCUCCCCACUGCCGCCUCGGGUCCGGACGUCGGUGGGAGUGCCUUUAGACAAAGAGGAUGGGAUCCUGUGGCACAGCGUCAGCAAGCACGGAGCUCGGUAGCCGCAACACGGCAGCACGCAUACCAGCUGGCCGAAGCUGCCUACUCGCAGUUAGCGCUGACCCGAGUCUUGCGGCCUUUCAAGUUGUUCCGGCGACCGUGCACCAUUGCGUCCAUGUCCACCGAGCCACAUUCGAAUACUCUGCUCGUGAGCAACACAAACUCAGACCUCGUCGGCGUCUUGGAAACACCGCAAUUUUCGCGCAAGUACGGGCUUGUCUACGACCCGAAUGGCUUUGGGCCAGGCCACGUCUGGCACGGCCCCUCGCAAAGCUUUUACGCAGCAUUCAACGACGGCGUAUUGAGCCAUGCUAGACGCAUCACUUUUGCAGGCGCGCUAGGUGGCUAUGAUUUCUUGGCGCCUGAGGUAGUCGUCUUCAGUUUGCCAGUGGCAGUCAAGCUGCAUGGCUCGGCGGCGUGGGCAACAUGUCUCCUUGCUUCCCCAGAGGGGGGCUCGGAGGAUGCGUCGAUCCUCGCCGUAGCAGCGGGCAGGAAAGUCUAUAUGCUCACCUUUGCGCACACGCAGAUGUCGGCUUGCGUGCAGCAUGUCGCGCAAAUCACGCAGCAGAGUGACAUUAUGGCGAUCACGCCGGAUCCGACUGGACGCUUCCUCUACGCCGGCCUUCGCUCGGGGGUCGUUACUGCCUGGAGCCUUACCUCCAAUGCGCUCACAGCCGCUAGAACUGUUCUUGUCGGGCACGGAUCCGUGACCAACCUCGCGGCGCCUUCCAGUCGCGAAUUGCUCGUCGUGCGCAUCACGGGCGAGGUCUCACUCGUCACCCCGGCCGGCGACACGAUUCGGACGUUCGACGGUCACGUCAACUCGUACCACUUUGACCUCGGAUUCGCUCUCGAUACCGAGACGCGCGUCAUGGCCUUGGCGGGGCUCGACGGCCGCGUGCGUGUCUGGUCGCUCGACUUGCCAACACCCUUCAAGGCGUCAGCAGCCAAGAUCUCUGCUCCAAAGUUUGACGGGCUGGAUGACGAGUCAGUGGAAACGGACUUCAAACAAGCGCACGAGGAUGGCGAAGGCCGAGUGAUGGAAAGGCAAGAUGCGCUCGGGGCGUGCGUCUUCCCAAAGGACGUGACGGCGUUGCUGUGGCAUCCACGCAUAACGCGGCAAGAAGAGCCAGCAGAGCUUGGCGCCUUCAAGGAUCUGUACGUUGGCGCGGGCGAGUGGGUGUACCACUUCACCUGGCCCUGA